AUGGCUCCUCUUAGACAGUUCUUACUUCUCUUUCUUAUCGGAUUUGCCUCUACUUCAACCCUACCCCGUCACGAGAUCCGUGCCGAAUCCGACAAGUCGUUGCGCAUCUCCGCACGGGAUGAUGUUGGAACUAUAGCGGUCCGCUCUACGCUUCAAAGCACCUCUGUCGACAACAAAGGACUUGGCGUUGUCGUGCGCACUGAGCCUGACCUCGUGGAAAGGGACCCUACUCCAUCUGCGUUAUUACUCCGCGACGACAGCGAUCUUAACGCCCGCGGCACAAAAAGGCAGUCUGGCCUCACUUCGCCAUCUAAUCGUCGGAAACUCCUCGUGGGCCUAGGGUCUAAUAUUCUUACUUCCGCCUUCUGGACGCUGGAAUUCCAUGUAACAAAGACAGCCCAGUCCGUCUCCUCCUUUGUUAUGGACGAAUGGUAUUGCCCUGAUCUCUCGGACUCAUGGGUGGUUACUUCACUUGAGGCGGACACUUCCGGAACCCCUUACCUGGUUAAUGGCAAUACGGACUUCACACUUUCGGGAUAUACAGGCACGGCCGAAAUCGUUGUCAAGUUUACUGCUUCGGUCUGGGGAUCGGCAUCAUCGUGUUAUAUCGUCGGAAUGGUCACCGACCCGACUUGCACCCUUGCCGGAGCAUAUGUGCCUGUCACGAGUUGGUCCUUUAACGACGUCAGUGCUACAGACUAG